UUAUAUUUUCACGCAAUUCGCAUUUUCUUAGUCUCGCCGCUGGAAUAAGCCUGAAAAACGAGCAGCGCGCGCGCCGAGCGACCGCCAGUGUAGCAUCCGCCGUGGACUGCUGUUCGCAUCCUUCAUCUGUCUCGCCUCGUAUUGCAAUCAUUGCCAAACAUGAGAAAUGAAACAUUUGUGCACUGGGACUGGAUGCUUUCACUAGCACAACCCACUUCCGCCAUGACACCCAGCAGAGGAUUCUGGGAUUGACGCAAGCAUCACUCCCACUGAUGGCCUGGAUCAGGUUUCAGCUGUCCUGCUGAAGCUAUGGGGAGCUGCUGGAGCUGUCUAUACAGAGACGCCAUCCAAGACAACCAUCUCAACAAAUUCAAGGUGACUAAUGUGGACGAUGAGGGAAAUGAGUUGGGCUCAGGAACCAUGGAGCUCACGCAGACUGAGCUCAUUCUGCACACACGCAAACGGGAUGCCAUCCGGUGGCCAUACCUGUGCCUGCGUCGAUACGGCUAUGAUUCCAACCUCUUCUCUUUCGAGAGCGGCCGCCGUUGUCAGACAGGACAAGGGAUCUUUGCAUUCAAGUGCUCUCGUGCAGAAGAGAUCUUCAACCUGCUGCAGGAGCUGAUGCAAUGUAACAGCAUCAAUGUGGUGGAAGAGCCCAUGAUCAUGACCCGACCCGGCCACGCACCAGAAAUGGACAUGCCUCGAACUCCACAGACACCCAACACCCCUGCCUUCCCGAUGCAGGGUUUUCCUAAUGGAUACCCAGGAUACCCAAUCAGUGCAGACUCAUCGCAGCCCUCUCUCACCAACGACCACAGACACAGCCUCAUGGGACUCGAUGACCAAACCCAUACAUACGUGAAUACGGUCGGCAUGGAAACUGACCUGUCGAGCCGUCACUGUGUCCACUCCCUGCCCGAAGUGCGGCCUGCCACCUACCCGGAACCCACAACCACCACCACCACCAUACGUGGGGGCCCGGUCCCAGGCCAGCCCGGCAUGCACUGCUGCCCGUUGGACGACCCUCACAAAGACCCUCAGGUCUUCCUUCAGCCCGGAGCCCAGGAGGUGAAGUUCAUGCUGGGCCCGACCCCAGCACAGCGCCACCUAAUGGAGAGAGACAGAGAGCGCCACGUCCCUCACCCUCUCCGAGCGCCAGACGGCAGCUCUGAAACCGAAGGGGAGGAGACUCCUCCUGUACACAUGUGCAACACACACUCCUACCACCAUUGCCAUCAUCUGAUGCACAGACACCCCAGCAUGGAGCCGUGUCCGGAGAGCCAGCUGACCUAUGAGAACAUCAACGGACUCAGAGGGGCACGAAGGCAAAGGCUGAGUCCCAGCACCGUGUCUCAGUCUCAGUCUUUGGGCUCCAGUAGCAGUAGCAGCACCACGGGCGACUCGCGCACACACACGCAUCCGCACUCACUACCACUCACACACACACACGCUUCCUCGCUGCCUCCGCAGGGAUACGGCUGUGACCGGGGAAUGGUGGCCGCUGGUCAUCGGCGCACAGCGUUGCUCAACUACGAAAACCUUCCGUCGCUCCCUCCAGUUUGGGAAUAUCGUGCGCUCCAGCGGGAGGAAGAAGAGGAUCAGGAUGAGGACGAGGAUGAAGACGAGUAUGAGGAGGAAGAGGAAGAAGAGUAUGAUGAGUAUGAGUAUUCGGAAGGACCCACUACCCCAAACGGAUAUCAUCAGGAGAGCAGCGGCGGGAUUCAUCGAGACGCUCUGCAGAACUACGUCAACACAGAACAGUUACCACCUCCUACACGUCUACGUCAUGCUUGCCCUCCUCACCCUCUCCCACCUGAGAGGGCCAACCGGGUUUUUAACUUCGACUUCAGACGUCAGCGAGCGGGACGCGGCAGCAGCAUCUGCGAGCAGCACAGCCGUCACCCUCCUCCACCUCCCUCUCGACAGCUCAACUACAUCCAGGUGGACCUGGAGGGGGAACCCUCUGGAUGCUCGGGACACGGCGGCGGCGCUCCAGUACCACAGAGACCUCCACCCCUCAAACGGGGCAUGGCAGCCGCCGCAGCGCCUCCAUCAUCCCGCAGAGGAGAGUGUUACGCCGUCAUUGACCUAAAGAAAACUGCAGCCAUGUCCAACCUCCAGAAGGCUCUCCCUCGGGAUGACGGCACCUCGCGGAAAACACGCCACAACAGCACCGACUUGCCUCUGUGAGAGGGAAAAACAGGGACAGAGAGAGCUACAGGUACGCCAGGAAUAAAAAAAAAAAAAAUAGGGAAAAUAUGUUCACGAAAGAGAGUUCUGGUGGUAUUUUCAUCCCACCAUUAUAGUGAAGCCUCUAUUUUCUCAUUUUCUACACUCAUACCAACUGCUGCUUGAUGAAAUAGUAACUCGAUUGAUCUGAGCACUGAGCAUUUUAUUUAUUUUUUUCUCACUUUUUGCGUGGGAAGGUCGGGAGAUGAUAGUUAAUUACUUAUUAUCAACAUGGUUUUUGGCUGCUGACUGGGAUUAGGGCCAAAGAAUUGGGUUCGGGACAAAAAUACUUCAUUCAGGAAACAAUCAACAGUGUCUUAUGCUUUUUUUUAGAUUUGCUUCUUUUAUGGUUUGUUGAUUAUUUAAAGGGAUAGUUCACUCGAAAAUAAAAAUAGCAAUUGCGAGAUGACGAAGAUGACGAGAUGAGGCUGUUCCUUUACAUUCCAGAAUAUCAACGUAAUAUUUCGACACUUGAGCAGAACAGACUUGAAUGCACCAUAAGUGUUUCAUAAUUAUCAAAAGUUUUCAUCUAACUGAAGACAAAGUCCUCAACAUGAUGAAGAAGCUCCAGCAGUUUCUCUCAUGUUGUUAGUUUGAGUUUUCAUAUGUAGCUAUGUAGAGGCUGCGAUAAAGGUGAAGAGAGCUGAUUGUUCAGUUUUUGAACGCCUCUUGAUUCUCCAACGCUCAGGAAUUGAUUCAAUCAAUUCAUUUUGCACUUACCUUUCUCUAAUUGUUACUGAGCCUCCCCUAAUUUCAUAAUUCCCAUAUAAAGCAUGGCAAAAUAAAGUUUACAUUAUUAAAAGUAAUUCAAAAUGCCAUCCAUAAUAUCUUUAUGGGUUUGCGGUGGUUUUUGAGAUGAAUAAUUUAAUGUUUUGAAUUCUAAGAUCAAGUCUUUGACCCAGACUAAGUAUGUUCCUGAAAUGUGCUUAUUUUGUUCAGUAUCUGCUCAAGCACCAUUGCCUUUUUUUGCUAAUUCCAUCUCUUCAGUUAUAAUUUCCCAUCGUCCCAAAAAUUUUGAGGACUUAAGGGUCAAAAGGAGAGAGAGUU